AUGGCGGAAUUGGCAGUUGCUACUCUUCCACACAAUAAUCCUCUAUACUUACAGGUUUCAAAUGCACCAGGUGUAGCUCUAAUUACGACUAAGCUCACAGGUCCAGAAAAUUAUGGCCUUUGGAGCAGAUCGUUCAGGCUUGCUUUACUGGUGAAGAAUAAACUCUGUUUUGUUGAUGGAACUUGCUUAAAAAGCUCGUACACAGGAGAUCUAGCAGCUCAAUGGGAAAGGUGCAACGCCGUUGUACUUUCAUGGAUCAGCAGUACAGUAGCUUCAGAAUUACUCACUACUAUUGUAUACGCGUCAAAUGCAAAACGACUUUGGGACGACUUUAAGGAAAGUGUUAAUCAAGCAUAUGCCACAGCAGUUCAAGAGGAAAGUCAGAGAUUGUUGAGUGUUGUGGAGAUUCAUAUGGAACCCUUCACUAUGCUGGCUAAUCGAAAGCCAGUUUUCAGAGGAAAAAAGUUACUGGAUAAUCCAUGUGUGCACUGCGGUUAUAGGAACCACUUGAGUAAGGAUUGUUACAGAAUAAUUGGAUAUCUAACUUAUUUCAAUAGCAAGAGAAAGCCAGAUGCAUCCAACAGUUCUAAAUCCACUGGUUGUUUUCAACAUGAUUCUACUGGUCUCAAGUCUUCUACUAACUAUGUUGCUUCUGUAGGACAGGUACAUGCUCUCACACUUACAGAAGAAGAAUAUAAUCAUGUGCAGAACCUUAGACACAAUUCAGGUCAUACAAAUGCAGGCGAUGAAGAUGAUCUUAAAACCGAUUUCAGAGGUAAUGUAUCAGUUACACCUAAUGUUUGUGAACAUGAGUGGAUCAUUGACUCUGGCAACAGGGAUCCUAUUGCAGGCAUAGGUUGCUCUACUAUCCUGGGUGAUCACACACUGAAGGAUAUUUUGCUUGGUAUUUACAGUGAGAAGGUGAUUGGGAUUGGUAGAGAAGAUGAAGGCUUGUACUUGUUAAAAGACACCAUUAAUACAGUGACUACUGCUACAAUAUAUAAUGAUAACUUCACCACAUUGUGGCACUUGAGGCUUGGUCAUCCUUCCCUGACAGCAAUGCAACAUAUUCCAUCUUUGACUGGCAACUUGUCUACUCUUCCUUGCUGUCAUAUCUGCCCUCAAGCUAAGCAAAGUAGACCUAGUUUUCCUUCUAGUUUGCAUAAAUCUAGUGUUAUAUUUCAGUUGGUUCAUAUAGAUGUAUGGGGUCGCUAUAGGACUCCAACUUAUGACAAGAAGCAAUACUUUAUGACCAUAGUUGAUGAUCACAAAUGGGGUGGUGGAAAGAAGCAUAGACACAUACUCAAUAUUGCCAGGGCAUUAAGAUUUCAAGCCUCAAUUCCUAUCUCUUAUUGGGGUCAUUGUGUCAAGGCAACAGUAUACUUAAUCAAUAAACUUCCUACAACUGGUUUGCAAGGAAAGUCCUCCCAUGAAUUAUUGUAUGGUACUCCACCACACCUAGAUCAUCUAAGGGUAUUUGGUUGCCUUUAUUUCACAUCUGUACUGCCUAAAUCAAAUAAAUUUUCUCCUAGAGAAAAGAAGGGUGUUUUCAUGGGCUAUGCAGAAACUCAAAAGGGAUAUAGAGUGUUUGACCUUGAGAUGCAUUCUUUUCAUAUUAGUAGGGAUGUUACCUUUGUAGAACAUGAGUUUUCUUUCCAGUCUGACUCAUCUCCUAUGGCCCUGCAUGAUCUCCUGGAACCCCUUUUUACUCCUUUAUCACAAACAUCCAUUCCUACUCUAUUUGACACAAGUCUUGGAGUGCAAGUUGAAUGUGCAGAGGAGGUUUCAACUCCUCCUUGUACAGCUACUGAUGUCUCUCCUCCUAGUGCAAUACCUCCACCAUCUGCUGAGCAUACCACCUCUACACCUGAUAUGGAAAUUGUUGCACCUUCUACUACAAGACCCAAUAGGUCUGUUAGGCCUCUCAUUUGGCACCAGGACUAUGUUGUAUCCAACCCCCAAAAGCAAGUUCAUUCUACUUGUCUUUAUUCUAUUGGAGACUAUGUUGUCUACUCCAAGUUGAGUUGUUCCUAUAAGUCAUUUUUAACUGGUCUUUCUAAUUCUUCUGAGCCUACCACCUUUAAAGAAUCCUCCAGUAGUAAAAAGUGGGUUGCUGCUACGAAAGAUGAAAUUGCAGCCUUAGAGCAAAAUAACACCUGGAAAAUGGUGGACAUUCCUCAUGGAAAAAAGGCUAUUGGCUCUAAAUGGGUAUACAAAAUCAAACUUCAGGCUAAUGGUGAGGUUGAAAGGUACAAAGCAAGGCUUGUUGCAAAAGGUUAUAAUCAGCAUGAGGGUCUGGAUUAUAAUGAGACAUUCUCCCUUGCAGUGUUUUGGACGGCGAGAGGCGACAAAAGGCGACAAGGGCCUGCCUCGCCACGCGGCGAGGCGAGCGGCGAGGCGAUCGCCUUUUUGAAUCAAGGCGCCAAUUAA